AUGGGUUUCUGGAACGACGGCAUCCGUUCCCCUUCUCCCUCGCGCCGCAGCAGCUCCAGCAAGAAGACAUACUACGCUUCGCGGCCCGCAUAUUCCCGCAGCGCCUCGUCCUUCUUCUCGUCCUUCAGUGGUGCAGGUGGUGGUUCCCGCGGGUACUACUCGUCCUCUCGCGCCCGGCCCCGCCAUGGCUUCAUGAACCGCAUCAAGAAGUUCCUGCGCGAUAUCUAUUCGUACAUGAGGAGGCAUCCCAUCAAGGUGUUCAUGCUGGUGGUGAUGCCGCUCUUGACGAGCGGGGCCCUGGUGAAGAUACUGGCGCAGUUUGGAGUUAGGCUACCGAGGGGGUUGGAGAGUAUGGUCGGCGGGGCGCAGAGGGGCGGGGAAGAGCGAUUCUACGCGCGAGGAGGUGCGAGAGACUAUGAGGGUGGCUCUGCCUUGCCUGGCAUGUUUUCCGGCGAGAACCUCGGGAGCCUACUUGGGAUCGCGAGGGCUUUCAUUUGA